UUUACAAUGAUCCAGACGUGUCAUGGCUAUCAUGGGCUGCAGUCAACCCCAUGCUUAAGCGCAUUACUUUAUAGAUUGAUGUUGAGUCUUAGAUGCCCUCCUAUGCACAAUAAGAUGUGAUUUAAACAACUAAACAAAAAUCAAAAUAUGCGAGUGUAUAACUAGAAGCCUGAACUUUCAUCGAUGGAAUGCGCAAAGUUAAGUUUUCAUUAUGUUAACAGGGAUGAGGGAUACACCAAUUUUACUUGCGGCAAAGAUGGGGGUGACAGAAGUGGUGGAGAAAAUCUUGGAAGUUUUCCCAGUUGCAAUACAAGAUAUGAAUGAUGAGCAGAAGAACAUAGUGUUGUUGGCAGUGGAGAAUAGGCAACCCCAAGUGUACCAACUUUUGCUAAAGAGGAAGCUUUUGCAAGAGACUGCGUUUAAAAAAGUGGACCAUAAGGGGAACGGCGCCCUUCAUCUAGCUGCGACGCUAGGCCAAAAUCAGCCCAAGCUUAUUCCUAGUGCCGCUCUUCGCAAAAAUCGACCCUGGCAUAUUCCUGGUGCCGCUCUUCAAUUGCAUUGGGAGAUCAAGUGGUACAAGUUCAUCAAGGACUCGAUGCCUCGCCAUUUCUUCCCACACCACAACAAUGAUGGUCAGACCCCCAAGGAGAUAUUCACCGAGACGCAUGAAGAUCUAGUCAUAAAAGGUGGUGCAUGGCUAACCAACACAUCCCAGUCAUGCUCGGUCGUGGCGGCUCUCAUUGCCACCGUUGCUUUCGCAACUGCAGCGACUGUACCUGGAGGUGUUCAAGAAGAAAAUGGCAGGCCCACACUUGUAGGCGAGCUAGCAUUCAAAGUGUAUGCCAUCUCCUCACUAAUCGCGUUAUGCUUAUCCAUCACCUCGAUUGUGAUGUUCUUGGCAAUUCUCACUUCUAGAUACCAAGAGAAAGAUUUUGCGAGGGACUUGCCAAUAAAGAUGAUAAGGGGACUCACCUCUCUCUUCCUCUCGAUCAUUUCCAUGCUAGUUUCCUUCUGCGCCGGCCAUUUCUUUGUGCUCGAAGACAAGAUAAAGUACGCAGCCUAUCCCGCGUACAUAAUCACAUGUUUGCCUGUCACAUUCUUAGCACUAGCACAGUUUUCACUCUAUAUCGAUCUCCUCAGGUCAAUCUUCACACGUGUUCCACAACGCACACACAAGAUAGUUUCUUUCUAGCUCAUCACCUCGUGUCCCUGUAUUUGUGCCUAAGCUAUGAAAAACACUUAAUGGUCUGCCCACCUGCAUCCAAGCAUACAUAUGGCAUGUGUUUGUGUGAGUUCCGAACUUUUCGCCAGGUGAGCCGCAACGUUUAUGUCUUUUGGCAGAGAAUUUAGGCUGCUUAACUCCUCAGGUGGGCUACACUGUAACAUUUUUUUUGAAUGAUUCUACAGUGUAAAAUAUAAAUGGACGGCUACAAAAGAAAAUGUUUGCACUGUGCAUUGGUUUCAAACAUUGUGGCCCCGGAUUUAUGUGCCAAAAGAUCUAAUCAAUGUGACCCACCAGAUAGAAUGCUUGGAUCUGGCAUAUAUUAGGCAUAUUGACAACUGUUUCAAUGUAGAUGGCUCAUGAAAUUUGGUUUUUUUUUUUUUUUUUUUUUUUUUUUUGAAAAGUUUGAAAUGUGUGUGGAUGUUGGGUUCCAUGGCCCUGCGUUGUAACUU